AUGCUCCUCUUCGACCGUCAACCUCGCCUUGACCCCACCGUCCUCCUCGUGACUUGCUUACGUCAUCCACCUUCGCCUCCACCUCAGAGAUUUGGCAUUUCGUGGACUUUCCUCGUCCGCCAUCCGGCCGUUCGAGACGUCAUGACGGGUAUCGUUGAAGAUAGACACAAAGAAAAAGUCUUGGGUGCAACAUGUUUGACUACCUACAAGUACUUCUCCUUUCCGCCCCUUCUGCUUGGACCUGAAGUUGCGAGGUGGUGCCGCCACGAUCGUUGCCCCCGCUGCCAGCAGCUGCUUCAACUCGCAACACGUCAGCCUGGCCCUGACAGGUCAGACGAGGGAUGA